UCCCACUCAAUACGUCCAUAGAUUGCAAUCUUAAAUAACUUCGAUAUUUUAAAGCAAAUUACUGGCAUGUAGCAUUUUCGAACUAAAAAUUGGAAUAUAACUACAUAUCGUUGUAUUUGUACUUAUUAAUUUGAUUGCGAAGGAAUCUUAGUCACCGUUGCUCGCAUCUAUUGAUUUGUAUAUCCCCGGAUUUCUGUGUUCAUACAUACGUAGUCAGAUUAAAUGGAUACUGCAUUUUGUUGCAUCGACUAGCGCUAAAUUCCGGGGGUAAACGACACGGAACGUCAUAGCUGCUCAGGAUUAUUUUUGAAACGUGUUCAUAUUAUCUCAUUAUCCGAGGACGUAUAUACUCGAAAACCAGCGGCGGAAGUAGCGUGGAAAAUGGAACAGGAUAUCAAAUCAAAGAUCGACGAAGCAUGUCGAACGGCUGAAGAAUUUACCAAAUUAUAUUAUAAAGCCAUUGAUAAACAGAGAUAUAUGAUAUCAAAAUUGUACCUAGACACGGGGAUCUUAAUUUGGAAUGGAAAUGGCAUUGUAGCUAAAGAUCAAAUUCAAAAAUUUUGGAUGGACCUCCCAGCCUCUGAUCACUCGACCACGACACUUGAUGCUCAACCUGUUACUGGUGCAGCAGUUGGAAACCAGCCAACAUUUCUAAUAAAAGUUAGCGGCCAAGUCAAGUUCCAGGAUAAACCUUCAAAACCAUUUAAUCAAAAUUUUCUAAUCACCGCAGUGGGAGACAAAUGGAAAAUCGUUAGUGAUUGUUUCAGAGUACAAGAAGCUCUGGACAGCACUACGUAGGAAUUGAAUUACUAGUGAAAUAAACUUGACUGUUCGCAAACCGUAGUAUUUGGCAAGACUAAAUAAAGCUAGGUCUAAUAUUCCUAAUUUAAAUUAUACCUAGUUUAUACAUUGCACUUGUCAAAUUUUGACAUAGCAAAACAGCGGAUACAGGAUUAUCAUUUAAUUGUAAGCCGUUCGUCAUUUUUUACAUAAUGAGCAGAAUUAAUCAAGUGUGACAAAUUCCCGAGACAAUGCAUUGAAUAAUUACAUUUUAUAAUUACCUAUUUAAAAAUUAAAUUUGCUAUAAAUAAAGUUGCUAUCAAUGAAAUUCAUUUCCAGUUAUUCUAUGAUAUUUAGAAUUUGGUUUUUCGGCAUACAUAAUGAUAAAUUAACAACUCUUACAAUUUGGUAUUUAUUUUUAUUCUUAUAUAUGUCAAUGUAUAAAGGAUUAUUAAAAUUUUUUUAAAGUGUCUGUCGGCGGAUCAGAUGUUGGUCAUUUUUUCUUUUUAACAGGGAUAAUUUCAUGGAAAAAUUAUAAAAUAAAUAUACAUAUAAAUAAUCAUAAAUUUACUAUAAUACAUUAUUAUAUAAGACAUUGAUUUUCAUAUCUCUCAAUAAUACAACGUCAUUCAAGUGUAAUUUCAAUGACUUAGGAAUAAUAUUUGAAACGAUUUUUAUUUAUUAAUUUUUUUUUCUUGCGAAUAAGUUGAGCAUAAUUCUUCGAUUAAAAAAAGAAAACAAAAAAAUUGAAAAAUUGGGUAAGUUUAUCACAGGUAUAAAUAAUAUAAUUAAACUGGGAGAGGGAACCGAAGUAUUAUUCUUAUAUGGAAUAAUGUUAGGGCGUUGAUUGAUGCGUUCAAACAUCAAUCACAUUAUGGGAUGAUAAUAGGCAGUGUCAUAAAAAAAUUAGUAUAAUCUGACCAAUUCAAAACAAUUUUUUUCGAACCAAGAGUACUAUUGCAUUCCUCAUAAUUUGGAAGAACAUUUGUUUCUAUUCCCCUGAUGAAAAUUACAGCACGUUUACACUAAGGUCCUGUAUAAUCGUAUUUAAAUUGAUUUCCAGAUAAUUUAUAUGCCUAGGCAUCGAAUUAAUAUAGCCAUUGUUAUAUGUAUACUUAUACAAUUGUUCUAUACAAAUACAAAAGUGUUAUAUUGUCCCACGGUACACAUAAAAUGACUUAACAAGUAUCUUCCGUAUUUAUAAUAAUCUAGUCUAAAAUCUCGCAUAUAAUAGUCUAAGCGAUAUUCACGUAUGUGUAUAAAAGUUACAUGUAAAAUGGGAUGGUUUAUGAUCAUAGGUAAUCAGCAACCUAAGUAUAAAAAAAAAUUUCUUUAAAAUAACUAAUACCUAGCAGUAUUUAAUGGCUUUGGUCCGAAUUAUGUUUAAUAACGUUCUAUUUGUGUUUCCUAUAUCUAACCUGCGAUAUGGUAUCCUUUUUUCACUCUAUCAACAGUUUGAAAUGUUGAAUUUUAAAUUCGGACCACACAGAAAAUGCGUGCAUAUUUUUCAACUUUGUGUUUACCCUUCGGAAUAGACAUUUGUAAAGAAUAAUAAAUUCGAAUCAAUACUGAGAUAAAAUUAAAACAAUAAGAAAUCGAUUUCUUCUCGGAGACAAUGAAUGAAAUCAGUUACGUGAAACUAGUAUGAGACGCUCAUUAGAAGUAAAUAGGAACGAAUAUAAUAGAGAACAAUUCAUCUCAAACGUUGGGCUUUGAAAAUUAUCUUAUCGGAUCUUUGAGUUUUGGAUUCAGAGAAAUAUUAAUUUCCCUUGAAUAAUACUUGGUACAGAUGAUUAUUAUUUAUUGUUGUAAAAUUAAUAAAUUUUAAGAUUUAUUCACAUUAGUUAAUAUUCGAUGUCGCGAAAUAAAUCGCGGUUUCUGCUUAUCAGGAGGAGAAUUAGUCCAUGUAUGGACAACAUUACUAGUGACUUAGAUACGCCGUCAAGUCAAUCAAUACAAUAGUCCUCUCUCUUGUU